ACUGUCGAUCAAUCAGGCUACCAAUCAGCCAUGGAUUCCAUCAAGAAGAAGACUUCUCGGGACGAAGCUCCGGAGACGAAUGAUGGCAACCAAGACCCGGCCUCACCCGAGUACGUUGGGGGCCUGCCUUUAGUCUGCAUCCUCAUCGGUCUGACUUUGGCUGUAUUUUGCCUAUCGCUGGACCGAACUAUCCUCGCAACUGCAGUCCCCAAGAUCACCACCGAAUUCAAUUCUCUCAACGACGUAGCCUGGUACGGCUCGUCAUACCUCCUGACGACCUGCUGCUUUCAGCUCAUGUUCGGCAAGCUGUAUGCCGAGUUCAGAGUGACCUGGGUGUUCCUUGCUGCUCUUGUCUUCUUCGAACUGGGAACUAUCGUCUGCGCCACCGCCCCAAACUCAGUCGCCCUAAUCAUUAGAAGAGCGAUCUCUGGAAUUGGCUGCGCCGGUCUACUCUCUGGAACCCUCAUCAUCAUAGCACGGAGCUUCGCGGUGCACAAACGCCCCAUCUACACUGGUAUGAUUGGAGGCAUGGCUGGCGUUGCUGGAAUUAUCGCUCCCACCCUCGGAGGCGCCUUGACAGAUAACGCUAUCUGGCGCUGGUGCUUCUGGAUCAACCUGCCCCUCGGCGCAAUCACAGCUGUCGUCGUCUUCUUCCCAAGUCCAUCGGUGCAACUCCUCAACAGCAUGGACCCCAUUGGCACUGUCCUGCUGAUGCCCUUCAUGGUCUGCCUACUACUGGCUCUUCAAUGGGGUGAUACAACGUACGCGUGGAGCAACUGGCGCAUCAUCCUUUGCCUGUGCCUAUUUGGUGUUCUCUUCCUCGCGUGGCUGGGCAUCCAGUACUAUCGGGGAGACGACGCCACCUUGCCGCUUCGCCUCAUUCGCCAACGAUCUGUCGCGAGCGGCAUGGCCUUCAUGCUCGGCGUCAACGGAGCUGUCUUUGUUAUCGUGUAUUAUGUCUCGAUUCGGUUCCAGGUUGUAAAAGACACAACGGCGGAGCAGUCUGGCAUCAACUUCUUGACGUCGUCGACCGCCGUGUCUGUGUCUUCAAUCCUCUCAGGAGUUCUGACAUCAAAGUUUGGAUAUUGGGUACCGCAGAUGAUCUUCAGCACGAUUGUUACCUCAAUUUCUUCGGGGCUCAUCUUCAGAUACGAAGUUGAGACAACUACCGCGUACUGGGCGGGCACUCUCUUCAUGUUCGGCUUCGGUGCAGGUAUGGGCAUGCAGAUGCCUCUCGCAGCUAUCCAGACGGUCCUCAAGGGGGCCGAUGUGUCCCUAGGCACCUCCAGCCUUAUUCUCGCACAGACUCUCGCCGGUUCCAUCUUUCUCUCAGUUGCGCAAAGCUUGUUCCAAAGCAGACUCCUGGUUGAGUUGGCAGCGCAAGCGCCGCAAGUCGACGCACAAGUUGUCAUCGGGCAUGGUGCGUCUGGGAUUAAGGACAUGGUGGCACAAAGGUACGGCGAUGCAGCUGCACUAGACGUGUUUGGGGCUUACAACCACGCGUUACGUGCGUGCUUCUUGUUGUGCAUCGUUCUCUCAUGCUUGACUGGUAUUGGUGCACUGGGAACGGAAUGGAGGAAGACCGCGUCCGACAGCGGCGAGACACCGCGCAGCGACAUUUGAGGGCGAGACUCGUCAGCUAUGUCUCCGGAAUUGCUCUAUGAUACUAUGGCUCUGGACUGAUGGGGACCUCGCCAACCUACCGCUCGUUCUAGCUAUAACAGCUGCUGGUCGCUCUUAGUCACAUGUAUGUACAUAAGAGUACAUGUGCCUAUGGGUUCUUCUUCCCUUUCAAACCCCCAUGCCUGAGCUGAAAGUUGUAGUUGGUACGCGUAUAUUUUGCAGACGGGUGUAUUAUCUAAAUACAGAAUUGCCAGUCACUCCCUUGUUCUUGAUCUCUGAUGUUCGAGGCUGGCUGCCGUUGUGUUGUACUGAGCCGUGAUUCUAUGCGGGAAGUCUCAUUUAAUUUUGAUGAAGGCGCAUAUUAGACUUGAGAUGUCUUGUUAUCACUCCGACUGAUUACUGUACCCAUUGACGAGUGACAUUGUUCAGACAGCAGAGGUACCUGCAA